ACACGUUGUAACGUGUGGAGCUGUGGGGAGAGAGAGGCAGUCUCACACAGGGAGAGAGAGAGGGCGAGAGAGAGGGAGAGAGGAGUGAAUGGGCACGACACAGUCAGCAGCACUGCGCCCUUCACUUUAUCGAUAUCGAUCAGUUUGGUAAUCGAGACAUUUAGACCCACAGAGGGUCCGUUAGGUUAGCCCGGGAGCUAGCCGGAACACCAGAAGGCAGAAGCUAACACGAUGGGACACAUGUGAAGCUGACCGGGAGCUAACAGCAGCCUGGCGGAGAAAGAAACAAGGAAGCGGACGGCUAGCUGCGCUAAACCGAAGCUAACGUUGGCUAGCUGGUGGCUAAUAUUAUUUCUAAUGAGCGACCAAGGAGUAUGCGACCUGAUACGAAGAGCUGACUUGUUCGGGGAUGUCGGGCAGUAAGGCGCUGGGCGGGGGGGCUGGCGGGGGGGCGAGGCGCAGGCGGACGCGGUGCCGGCGCUGCCAGGCCUGCAUGAGGACCGAGUGUGGAGAGUGUCACUUCUGUAAGGACAUGAAGAAGUUCGGAGGGCCCGGCCGGAUGAAGCAGUCCUGCCUCCUGAGACAGUGCACGGCGCCGGUGUUGCCUCACACGGCGGUGUGUUUUGCGUGCGGUGAGGCGGGGAAGGAGGACACGGUGGACUCUGAGGAGGAGAAGUUCAGCCUCUCUCUGAUGGAGUGCACCAUCUGCAACGAAAUCAUCCACCCCAGCUGUCUGAAGAUGGGGAAAGCUGAAGGAAUCAUCAACGAUGAGAUCCCAAACUGCUGGGAGUGUCCGAAAUGCCACAAGGAGGGCAAAACCAGUAAGGACCAGGCCGACGGCUCGGGGAAACGCAGGCUGGACAACGGGGAGGUGGGUCGCUGGAAGCUCACAGAUGACCCUCCCCCUAAAAAGAAAGCCCCUCCCUCCCUGGAGGAGGGUGGGAGGCCGGACGGGGGACACAAGAGGAAGAAGGAGAAGGAGCUGCCUCAGGACAGCGGGCCCAAGAAGAAGAUGAAGGGCGCCCACGAAAAACGCCUCAAAAAGAAACCGAAGCAGGAGGCGGCAGAGUCGAACGGUCCCACCUCCUCAGCUGGAGGAGGAGCGGGAGGACUGCAGGGCUCCUCGACAACCACUUCUUCUCAGCCCGGGGGAGGAGGAGCGGGAGGAGCAGGGGGGACGUCGAACGCAGACCAGCGCUCCCAUCACAGAGAGAAACUGGAACGUUUUAAGAGGAUGUGUCUGCUGGAGCGUCGGCCCGAGUCCUCGUCCUCGUCCUCCUCCAGCUCCGAGUCCGACUCGGAGUCCGAUUCUGAUGACUCCCUGAGGGGGGAGCAGGCAGGAGGAGGCUCCUCGCCUUCAUCAUCCUCCCCCGCCCCGCCUCCACCCAUCGUCUAUGGCAACAGCAGCGGGGGGCGGGUAGAGAGAGAGAGGAGUCGCAGCGAGCGGGAGAGAGAGCGGGAAAGGGAGCGCCGCCUGGCCGAACUGGGCUUCAGCGCCAGCGAGGAGUCUGAGGGGGAGGGAGGGAGGGGGGAGGAGGAGGUACGGGAGGAGGAGCAGGGAGGGGGAGUGGGAGGGGGGGAGAAGGCUCGGCGGAGAGUGGGAGGAGGAGAGGUGGGGUUACCGCUGCGAGGGCGGAAAGGAGGACUGCUGGAUGGAGAGGAGGAGGACACGCCCCCAUCUGAUAGGACCAGGAAAAACUCUGCCUCCCUCCCCCCACCCUCACCCCUCUCCUCCAAUCAGAUGCCUCCGUCCUCACAGCACGACGGCUUCAUGGGGAAGCAGCGCAGUAAUGGGCAGGAGACACGUAACGGACGGACACGAGGAGGUACAGGAGGGGGUGGAGGGGGCAGGGAGGGAGGGGAGAAGGAGAACGCCAGUGGCGUUCUGACCAAUCACAAACACAGUGGGGGCGGGACCAAAGGCAGCGGGAGCCGCAGCAACAAGAUCCGUAGCAACAGUAAGAACCAGACGUCCAGAAACACCACCCCCUCCUCCUCCAUCCCUACCUCUAAUGGAGGAGGAGGGGGUGGAGGCCCGGGGGGAGGCGGCCUGAUGAUGUCAGUGAUGGCGGCGUCCCCCUGCUCGCAGCCGUCCCGCCUCGCACCGCGCUCUCAGAUGAUGAAGCGCAGCCCGCCGGCCGUGCCCUCGCCCCCCCGGCCCGUUCAGAUGGAGAGACACCUGGUGCGUCCUCCCCCCGCCUGCCCUGAGCCCAGCUGCCUGCCGCUGGACUCUGGCUCCUCCCACAUCAUGACGCGUGACGUGUGGCUCAGAGUGUUCACGCACCUGAGCCAGAGAGAGCUGUGCGUCUGCAUGAGAGUCUGCCGCACCUGGAGCCGCUGGUGUUGCGAUAAAAGGUUGUGGACUCAGAUCGAUCUGAGCCGGCAGCGCUCCAUCACCCCUCCCAUGCUGAGCGGCAUCAUCCGCCGACAGCCCGUCUCCCUGAACCUGGGUUAUACCAACAUCUCCAAAAAACAGCUGAUGUGGCUCAUCAACCGCUUACAAGGUCUGUUGGAGUUGAACGUGUCUGGGUGUCCUUGGCCGGCGGUGUCCGCUCUGUGUCAGGCCGUCUGUCCCUGUCUGAAGCUGCUGGACCUCAGCAGAGUGGAGGACCUCAAAGACUCACACCUGAGAGAGCUGCUGGCCCCCCCACCUGACACCAGGACAGCUCACGGUGAAACCAGAGUGGGGCGUUUCCAGAACGUGACAGAGCUGCGAUUGGCCGGGCUGGACCUGACGGACGCGUCGUCUCGUCUGUUGGUGCGUUACGUUCCUCACCUGACCAGGUUAGACCUGAGUCAGUGUGGAAACGUCACAGAUCAGACGGUGCACACCCUCACCUCCCCCAUCUCCCCCCUGAGAGAGAGCCUCACCCACAUCAACCUGGCAGGUUGUGUGAAGGUGACGGAGCAGUGCAUCCCGUUGCUGCGUCGCUGCCCCUCCCUGCAGACGGUCGACCUGCGCUCCUGCUCCCUCCUCUCCUCAGAGACCGGACAGCUGCUCUCCUUCCCUCCUCACACCUCCUCCUCUUCCUCCUCCACCUCAUCCUCCUCCUCUGCUGCCACCACCACAAUCGCUGCUUCGUCCUCCUCCUCCUCCUCAUCUACGUCAGCCUCCUCCUCCUGUCCUCCUGAAGACAGAACGCUGCUAAAGAACAGCUAAAGUCCUCCAUGUCAUGUGACACUCGAGUAAUUGGUCCAAAGGGCCUGCAAGUCCCGCCUCCCACGUCACUACACUACAGACAGGUGAGGAGGAGGAGGGAGCUGUGCACCAUCUCCUGAAGUUGGAAAAGGUUUUGUUGUGUUGGUGAGUACAGCGACCGAGCAGGAGGAGGAGCAGGAGGAAGAGGAAGAGGAAGAGGAGGAAGAGGAGGAGGAGGAGGAGGAGGAGGAAAGAGAUUUUGGGAAAGUUGUCGGUAAUAGUUAAACAAAUUAGAGACCCUGAGCAUGUACAUAUUUGUUCUCUGUACAAUUUUGGGUGUGUGUAUAUAUCUGUAGUUUACUGUAAAUGACCUUUAACCUUUGGAACAUCACCCCCAACACUCCUUUCCUUCCCUCAUUUCCUUCUGUCCUUCCUUCCUUCCUUCCUUCCUUCCAUCCAACAACCAAUCAUCAUGCCAGGCAUCCACCUGCUCGUCAGUAGCAGCAGAACGAGGAAGAGUGAGAAUGGAAAAGUGGCUGUGGUUUGACAGGGGGUGUGACUCCACCCUCCACACAGGAAGUCAGAACCCUGCAGGUGUGUCUCUGACAGAAGGCCGGUCUGAUGUUUGUGGCUCUGCCUCUAGUCUUUGUGCUAAGCUAGGCUAAACACAUCUGUCUCUGCAUUGUGUCCAUUCUGUCAUUUCUGAAUCUGGGGAGUGAACUCAAAUGUUAGAUUGACUCAGAAAAAAGCAUCUUUUAUGAAUGAAGUCUGGUGAGGUCAGAGAGCCUGCGUGGUUACCCAUCAGCCCCCUCUGUAGGCCCACAGAAGGUUUACGUCCACCUUCAGAGGGACAGACGUUAAGAGUCUUCAGCCCUCCUGUUCACACAGAACACUGGACCUUAAUGUUCACAGAGCUGGGAUCAGCGGACGGGUCGUGGCGUCGGCGCUCACACAAACCCGGGAUCUUCCACUGACGGUUUCAAUAAAGGUUAUUUAAACAAGACGACGCCAUCCUCAGCGGCGUCGCCGGACGUAGAACGGAGCUGCAGAGGGAAGAAGCCUUCAGUCUGCUGAUCGAUCUGCUGAUCACGUUAAUUGAUGAUGUGGUCUGUUAAACAUCAGACAACAGUGAAAAAGGCCCAGAUGACAUCAUCAGAUGACAUCAUCAGGUGUCUCGUCAGUUUUCUGUCAGAAGGAAAAACAGCCGCUGAGAAACGAUUGAUCGAUCGGCUAAAUCAUCAAUCAGUUCAUCAUCUGGCUGUUGUUCCAGAGGACGCGAGCCACCGUUCAGACCGUUCAGACCGAGAGUUAAAGCUCAUAAAGUUCAGAGAACAGAGGUGUGGUGAGAACUGCAGGUGUGAUGAUCAGACCAGUCAGGAUUGACCUUCACAGCACACCUGUCACAGGUCAGUCAGGUAACCUCCACUCACAUUCAACCCUCAGUGUCGAGGCUGCAAUCAGAUGGUAAUGAAUGUAUUCGUGUGUGUGUGUGUGUGCGUGUGUGUGUUGGAGGCGGAACAGGAAGCUGUCAGCAGGUAGCAGGAAGUCAGAGCGGGUUCACAUAUGCAAUGACAAUUCAAAUUCAGUAAACAGGAAGUGAUGUCAGCAUUUCACUGUUUUGAGGCUACAUGGCUGUAGUGUCUCUGUCUGUCUUUCUCUGUCUCUGCCUGCCUGUCUCUCUGUCUGUCUCUCUGUCUGUCUGUCUCUGUCAGCCUGUCUCUCUGUCAGCCUGUCUGUCUGUCUGGCACACAGACAGCUGAAUGUGUGACCAUGUGACCUCUGACAGUGAAGCAGUGUGACGGAGCAGAGGUGGAGGUUUGUCUCUGUUGAUGGAGCUAGGCUAACAGAGCCAAGCUAAGCUAACCAGCCCUGUCUAGAAUGUCAGACUGUUGAGAGAGUUCAGGGAGGGAGGGGGGGGCAGCUUCACACCAGAGCCACGAGACUUUCUGGCUGGUGUCAAAGGUUGUUCAGGUGUGUUUGAGCUGUUUUUCUUCCUGUUUCCUGUGUGUGCGUGUGUGUGUGUGUGUGUGUGUGUGUGCGUGCGCCUCAGUGUCUUCAACAUUCGCCUCAAUCAUUCAUCUUCCCCUCGUUCUUUUCAGCCUCUUCUCUUCAUCGUUGCCUGUUUUCGCCUCCGAUCAGAUUCUUUUGGGAAGUGAUUGAUCUUUUUUUUUUUCUCAGGAGUUUUUUUGGUUUCUCUUUAAAUCAGGUUUUAAUUUAUUUGUGUGCUGCAGCAGCGCUUCCAUCCAGUCCGGACACACGUUCAGGCUCCUGUUUGUGUGGAUCUGUGUUGUUCUGUGUUUUCUGUUCAGUGAUGAGUUUGAGUCUGUUUCUAUGGAAGCUCAUUUCUGCCAAGAAAAGUGAGGAAAAACCUCGUCGUCAUUAUAUCCUACAAUCUUUUGCUGAUCUGCUCUGUAAUAAGAUCUCGGCGUGAUCUCGUGACCUCGACUCGCCGUCUGAAGUCACGUUGACUCAGAAAUCAACAGAUUUCAGCGUUGAGCUCGUCUCUCGCCUGCGACUCGCUGCUCAGUCUUCAUUUACAAUUCAGAGUAUUUUUGAUUUCUUGUCCUAAACGGGCUUCUGUAGCUUCCUUGGGGGCCUCACUUAUGAAAAUCAUCAGUCUCAGUCUGAAUUUCAUGUCAGGAUUAUUGUUAAAGCAAAGUUUUGCCUGUUAUUAGUUCAAGCAGCUGAUUUUGUGAAGAACCAGAUUUCGGUGUUAAAGAGACGUUUUUCAUAAAUGACCCCUGAUGUUUGUGACUGUGGAAAAAGUAAAAAGCUGAUCAGAUCCAGAUCCUGUCCUCAGUUGACUCAGCGGUGACCCCCCCCUCAGUGUUGCGAGGGGCUGUGAUACUGAGGGGGGGUCUGAAAUAUUACUGAUGUCAUGUUUCAUAUUUUCAGACGGACACGACAAACAAACCGCGACUGCAGUUCAGACGAAAUGAUUCAUAUUUAUCUCCUCAGAGCUCAGUCGAUGGGCUGCCUUGUACUGGCUAGCAUUUGGGUUAGCGUGUUCCACAGUAUCGUGUUAGCUUCGUGGUUCCACAUUAGCUAACACUAGCACUGGCUAGAACAGUUUCAAGUGUUCUGUCACAGUUAUUGCUGCAUUACCUCUGCUGCGCUGCACUCAGAGAAAACUGAACAGACCUGCACAACUACACCUUCAGUCUGCGUUAUUUUUGAGCAAACACGAUUUAGCUAACGUUAGUAAGUGCUGCUACAAAAGCAGUGGAGGUUGGGAAAUGUUAGCUGCAGUAUUCAGAUUCGAUUGAUUACUACUGAAGAACAACAAGUGAAGAAUAUUAAGAUUACAGCACGCCAAACAGUGGAAACACGCCAUUUUCAAUAUUAUUAUUAUGGGGAAAAGUUUUGCUAACAUAAGCUUGUGAGCUUACAGAUAUGCGGGUCACUGCUUACAAAGAAAUUGUAUAUCAGUGUUGCAAAACAUACCAAUUCUUUUUAAUGAGCUAACGUAUUAGCAUAGCACAUAGUAAACUGAGGUCAAAAGCUAGCGCUGGCUUGUUUGUUAGCUCUUUUGACGUUAGCUACAUGUUGCCACGUAAGCCUCACAGUUGCAUAGGUUGCUGGUUUUAUUGUUCAGCUCUGCAGUAGAAAAAAUAAAACCGAAUAAAGUAAAGUAAAAUGAAGUUUAAAUUCUAUUUGGAAAACGAGCCACCAUUAUCACAUGAUAAUUGAUUUUCCAGGCCUUAGACCUACAUUGCUAGCUUGUUAGCUCAUUAGCAGGUUAGAUAAAAAGCUGACAUUAGCUAUCUGAGUAAAUGGUGUUAGUUUGCUACAGAACAAGUGGUGGAGGUUGGGGGUGCAAAUAAAGAUUAUACAUUAUAAAUUACGACGUGGGACUUUGGGAGCUACAUUUUUCUCCAUUUUCAGACGCCUGUCCCUCCAUAAUAAAAAAGAUCUUUGGUUUCUUGCCAUGAAUAAAGUUGUAGCAGUGCAGUAGAGGUAGUGCAUCAUUCCCUGUAUGGUUCCUGGUCACUGGUGGAGGUUUUGGACCCGCUGUAGUCAAGGAAAUAAAAGUAUUAGUUGUUUUAAAUUGCCAUGAUGUCGCACUGCUCGCCAGCCAAACGCCUCGUUGUGCCAUAAACACUCCAGAUCAAUGUUUCACUGUGUUAAACGUCUCAAUGGGUCAGUUUUAUAUUUUAUUUUUUUGUAUUCAGUUGUGAUUCAGUUGUUUUUUUACUGUGACUGUAAUGUGGGGAUCAAUGCCUCGCAUAUUCUCUUAAUGAUGCAUAUCACAGCUUCAAACUUUGCCUAGUGACAGGUGAGGAGAUCAAAUUUGAUUGGACGAUAAUCCUUGACUCCUGAAAGCUCUUAUCCAAUCAGACAUUCAGACAUAUCUCAUCUUCUCUCUCUUCUCUUUCUUUGUAAAACUGAAUCUCAUGUCUUCAUCGAUGUUUUAAAGAUGCACUGGAUCAUCAUCGUCAUCAUCACCUUCAUCCUUGCCUUUUGCCAAAUGUAGUUUUUGUUGUGAAAAGGGGCAUUUUAUCCCAGUUUUUCUUUGUUUGCUUUUUGUUCUUUUUUUUUAUACUUUGUCCAUGAUUCUUCCGCUGUGUUGAUGGAAAAAAAUGAGGAAGAAGUUGGAACAAAAAGUAAAAAGUGACACAAAAAGACCAACUCAAGGCAGCUACGUAUGAGUGACUACUGUAAAAUGACUAACUAAUAAAGAAGCAAUGGGUUUGUUUUUA